AUGACAGGAACGCUUGCUGACCAGUGGAAGGAACAAGAGGAAGUCUUUUGCUAUGGGGACCACAUGCAGCACUUCAAAGUGCUGAAGGAUGGACUGAGCCAGUACUUUGUACGAGGUGAGAUGUUCACCUAGCUCAACCAGCUGGUGGAGUUCUAUACAAUCAACAGCAUUGCCAAGGAGAGGACUGUUUUCCUGCGAGAACCGGAGUGGCUACUUACCAGGCCACAGCAUGCGCACGCCCACCUUGACCUCACUCCACCCCACGUGAGCCAGCUGCAGUUCCUGAGAGGUGAUGUCAUCGAGCUGCUGGAUCGCUCAGGUGCUAUGUGCUGGAGUGGGCGGCACUGUUGGCGAGUGGGUGUGUUCCCACCUGUGUUCCCAGCCUGUGUAUCACUAGCAUGGUCCAGCAACAAGCUGUAA